AAUAAAAUAACUCUGAAUGCUUGCUCUUGUUUUAUUUCGGUACUGGGAUUUAUAAGGAAGAUGACAGAGAAAGGUUAAUUACCUCUCCCCCUAAUCACCCUCCGUGUUGUAACGCCGACACUAUUGUGUGGAAGGGGAUGGUUUGAUUUUUCUCCCGCAUUGUGAUGGUAGUGAUCAUGGAGAUCUAAGAGAGGGAUAAAAGAUGUUCAAGGGGGCGAGAUGGAGGAGCGAGAAGAACAAGAUCAAAGCUGUGUUCAAGUUGCAGUUCGAGGCAACCCAGGUGCCAGAGAUAGGAUGGGAGACAAUGGUGAUAGCUCUGGUACCUUCAGAUGUUGGAAAACCAACUGUGAGAUCGGAAAAGGCGGCAUCGGUCGACGGAAAAUGUCACUGGGCGAAGCCGAUCCUCGAAACGGUUAAACUCGCCACUGAUUCCAAAACUGGAAAGAUCAAUGACAGAACCUACCGAUUUGCUGUGUCAGCAAAUGGUUCGAGUAAAUCUGGAGUUUUUGGAGAAGCAAGCAUUAAUCUUGCAGACUAUGUGGAGGUGUUAAAACCCUCUGCUGUUGUUCUCCCUCUCAAGGGCUCGAAUACUGGGCCGCUCCUGCAUGUUACUAUACAGAGAAUGCAGGGUGAUGAUGAGGGAAGAGUAGCUGAUGAAAAUGGAGAUAGUAUCAUAAAACCUCGACGGAGAACAUUGCAGAGCCAGUUAAGCAAGUGCGAUGAUGAAGAAGUUGCCAAGGCUACAGUGGGCAUGGAAAAUACAGAAGAUAAGUCAGUUAAAGAUAAUGAAGGCCGAAUGAUAGUCCCAUUGAGCGGAAACAUGCCUCUUCAUACUGGAUCUAAUGGCAACCUUCAAAAAUCACACAGUUUUGACGCCAUCUCAGCAUCAGGUUCAGAUGCCAGCUCAGGAAGAAAUACCCCAAGAGAGAGUCAGAUGAUGCGCAAGAACAGCCAUGACACUACUAGUUUUCUCUCACCUCUCAGCAUCAGUGGUACUCCUAAAAAGCUUCAUGACACUACUAGUUUUCUCUCACCUCUCAGCAUCAGUGGUACUCCUAAAAAGCUGCUGAAAAGCUCAAGUGACUGGUCUGGUAGUUCAGCUCCUGAUGGAAGCACAGAUGGAUCAACAAAUAACUCAGGGGAUUCUGGACUAAAAGAAGGGUUUCAAGAUUCAGAAACCAGCCUCGAAAAACUUGGAGGUGAGGUAAUUGCUUUGACACGAAAGUUGGACAUAUCAGAGAUGGAAAUACAGACGCUGAGAAAGCAAAUCAUUAAGGAGAAUAGGAGAGCACAAGAUCUUUCGAAAGAAAUUAAUAGCCUAAGGGAGGAGAGGGAUUCUCUGAAAAGAGAAUGUGAAGAACUAAAAACUACACUGAGAAGAACAAAUCAUGUUGAUAGUGAUGUAUCAGACGAGUUGGCUCAAGAUGCAAAGGAUCCAUGGUUGAUUCUUGAAGAAAUCAAGAAAGAAUUAAAUCACGAAAAGAAUCUAAAUGCAAAUGUUCGCUUGCAACUGGAGAAAACAAAGGAAUCUAACUCGCAGUUGAUUCUAACUAUAAGGGAUCUUGAAGAAAAGUUGGAGCAAAAGGAUAGGGACUUGUCAUGUGCUAGGUGCCCUUCACGGGAUUUCAUUGUAGAAACUGAUGAGAGAUUCAAAGAAAUGGAAUAUAGUAAUAGAAAUUCACAUGUAUCAAGUAUCAAGCAUGACAAAGAAGAACAGCAUGCACUGGAUGUGUUGAUGAAGGGGCAAUCCUUGCUGGAGCUAGAGAAGAAAAUUAUAGAUUUGCACAAUGAGAUAGAAUUGUACAAGAAAGAUCGUGAAGAGCUGGAGAUGCAAAUGGAGCAGUUAGCACUAGACUAUGAGAUUCUAAAGCAGGAGAACCACGGAAUCUCUUCAAAGCUGGAGCAAGCUCAAUUGCGGGAACAGCUAAGAAUGCAGUAUGAGUGUUCAGCACAUCUGGCUAUCAUUAGUGAUCUUGAAGCUCAUGUUGAGAUCUUAGAGAAAGAGCUUCAGCAACAAGCUGAAGCAUUUGAGGCAGAUGUAGAAUCUAUAGUGUGUGCAAAAGUCGAGCUGGAACAGAGAGCAUUAAAAGCAGAGGAGGCAUUGAGGAAAGUUAGAUGGCGGAACACCAGCACUGCUGAAAGGCUUCAAGAGGAAUUCAAGUUGUUGUCUCAACAGAUGUCAUCUACAUUUCAUGCGCAUGAGAAGUCACUUAGGCAAGCACUGAAAGAAGCUAGCGAAUUGCGGUUGCAAAAAAACCAGCUGGAAGAGCUUCUAGAGAAAGCUCAGGAGGAGCUCUCAUUGGUGCAAGGCCAGUACCGUGUAAAAUUUGAACAGCUGCUAAGCUUAACAGAUUUCAAAUCAAAAGAGAAGGACAAUAUAAUCCUGCAACUCAAAAAUAAAAGCAAGUUGCAGAAUGAAAAGCAAUCUCUGGAAACAAAAAUGGAGGGCUCAUCAGAAGAAGUGCUGCUGCUCAAGAAUGAGAUAGAAAAGCUCAAGGGAGAGGGAGAACACCUUUCACAACAGAAUGAACUAAAGAAAAGUGUGAUAGCGCAAAUGGAAUACAACACAUCGGAAGGGGGAAUGAUAGCAUUGAUUGAAUCACCAGUGGAAGACUUGAGAAAUGAGAAGUACCUCAGCAGCAAGGACAACAAAAUGCAAAAUGGCAUUAAAGAAAUUAAUCGCAAUUGUUCCUCUCCUUGUGAAGGCAUAGUCCCUAAGGAAGAUGAGCAUUUUUGCUAUAGUAAGAGUACUGAAAAUGGUGGGAAUUCUUCGCGAAGUCCCAGGAUUCAAGGCAAAGCAUGUAGACAUGAUCUAAAUAGCAGCAGUAAGAUGUCAGACAUGAGGAAUACCAGAGCUGAACCAGAGAAAGAAAAGGAAAAAAUUGCAUGUACUUCCGAUCAUCAUAAAAUAGGAAAGGUAUGUAAAGAGGUGACAUUGCUGAAAGAAAAGAACAUGUCAAUGGAAGCUGAGUUGAAGGAGAUGCAGGAAAGAUAUUCAGAAACAAGCCUAAAGCUUGCAGAAGUAGAAAGAAGGCAGCAGCAUGUAAUGACAAUCAGAACACUUAAAAAUGCCUUGAAGAGCUAGUGCAGAUGAGUAUGCUAUAAAAAGAUGCUUUUGUACAGGCAGGAAACUGGAUGAGUUGUGUGAGAUCCAGGACUUGCAAGGCACAUAGAGAAUAUGUAAAUGGAAAUUAUAUUCUUUUCUUCAUUUGCAAUACAUGUUUCAACUUUUAGAAAGAUUGUACAUUUUAAUUUUUGUAAUAUUGAGUGCCAAAAGAGAUCUCACAACACUGUUUGUGUUCAGAGUGCUUGAAGAAAUCUAUAUGUUAUAUUUUUCUUUGUAAGAUGACGUGGACUGUGUCCCCAGAAAAAGUACAUAAUGUCAUGAACUUAAUGCCUUUUGGCAAUGCACAA